CCUUAUGAUAUACUGAGGCGUCUGUUGCUGCUGCGUGCAAUUGGGCAGAGUAAUUGGGAACAGUUUGUCUUUGCGGAGACUCUCUCUUUCUCUCACUUCUCUUAAAGGCGCAGGCGGAACUGUGAAGUGUUGCUUUUCUAUUUGAUUCAACGAAGAUUGCGAAUAUGUGAAACAAUCUGUCGACUAUUUUAAAAACGCCAUUUUGCGGACUUAUUUUUGCCCCCCCCCCCCUCUUAGGAUUUGUGCGUUUGCUUUCUGUUGCUCAGAGAAGGGGUGAGUUAGUUGUUUCGUCUGCUUAACAGAAGAGCUCUUUCAAUCGGGGCGUGUGCAUUUGCGGAGGGCCGAUUUGAGUAAACGAGAUGGCAAUCGAUUGAUUGCAAUGGCUUCCAAGCUUCUGCGAGCCGUUGUCUUGGGUCCCCCGGGAUCCGGCAAAGGGACCGUGUGCGAGAGGAUCGCCAAGAGCUUUGGUCUCAAGCAUCUUUCCAGUGGGCAGUUUUUGCGGGAGAACAUCGUGGCGAACAGUGAUAUCGGUAUAUUGGCAAAGCAGCACCUUGAGAAAGGUCUUUUGGUACCAGAUCAUGUAAUUACACGCGUAAUGAUGACAGAACUGGAGAAAAUGCAAACUCAGCCUUGGUUACUGGAUGGUUUUCCAAGGACAUUGGGUCAAGCUGAGGCACUUGACAGGAUAUGUGAACUGGAUCUAGUGAUAAGUUUGAAUAUUCCAUUUGAGACUCUUAAAGACCGACUUAGUGCUCGUUGGAUUCACCCAGCAAGUGGCAGAGUAUAUAAUAUGGAAUUCAAUCCACCUCAAAUCCAUGGUAUUGAUGACAUUACUGGUGAACCAUUAAUCCAACGGGAAGAUGAUAAACCUGAAGCUGUUGCUGCUAGACUAAGAAAAUACAAAGAUGCUGCAAAGCCUGUAAUGGAAUUGUACAAAAACAGAGGAAUUCUACACUCAUUCUCUGGGACAGAGACCAACAAAAUCUGGCCUUAUGUUUAUACUUUGGUGUCUAACAAGAUUCCUCCAAUCCAAGCAGAAGAAGCUAACUAAGCAUCUGUAAAACGGGAAUAAGAAUUUUAUGUUGUCGAUUUUGGUCUUGUUUAUCACGUGCUGUAUCUGUCCUCUACUCUUUUUUAAAGAGUAGCUGUUCUCUCUGAUUCUACUGGAGAACAGUUGUGGAACUCCAUCUUUCAAUGAUUACUCUGUAUGGGAAUUCUACUUCUUGCCAUAUAAAUACUUGUGCAUGGACUUCAAAUAAUUGUAAUUGAUAUGCAGAGACGGUUAUCCCUGAACAGUUCUGUAGAAUCCAUUGUUCAGUCUCUCCAGCUACUUAUAGAUCUUUGAACUUAGUGUGCAUUUUCAUGGAUCCUUAAUCUAACACUCCAUUUACAUGGAAACACUAUUCUAGGUGUAUCUUCAAUGCGGUAAGCACUGUGGAAAAGACAUGCAGUAUGCAGGUCAAAUGUAUCUUUUGAGUACUUAAAAAACUGAGAAGAAUCAAGGUGAAUUCAAUCUCUUGGUUUGCUAAGAAGACAACCUUAGAUAAAUAUCUGUUAUAAAAUGCUGCUGUAAAAUAAAAUUAGACUUUUAAAUUUGAGUGGCUUUAGGCCUUUCUUUGUUAAAGAGCAGGCCUGUUCUGAUUCUAAGAACAGUUACACUACAUGGUUAAUAGUUUUAAAGCUUUGAUUUUAUAAUAUAAUACAACCAGUCACUAAAAGUACAGUAUCUCAAUUUUUUGCUCCGGUAAAUUUGUCCCAAUUAGCCACCAACCAGGCAAAUGAUUAUGUGGGCAAACAUAAGUCAGACCCAGUCUGUUGUUGAUGUAAUAAGUAGCAAAGAUCCAUUGCUGUAGACGUGGCAAAAUAUAUAUUUGCAAUUAUAUGUCUGCAUUUUAGAAUUUUCCAGGUAACUCUUAAAGCUUGGUCAUGUGCAAAAAAUGUGUA